GUGCAAGUAAGUCUGCGCGUGUGGCCUCCUGGCCGCUAGAUGGCAGUAAAGGAGCUCCAAUCCAAUAUUAACUCGACGAAGGAAGGACACAAGCCUUUGAGAAACGACGAGGAGCAGCACGAUCAGUAUGGGCCGCCACUUUGGAGACUUGGCCAGGAUCAGACAUGUAAUCACAUACAGUCUGUCUCCCUUUGAGCAGAGGGCUUUCCCCAACUAUUUCUCCAAAGGGAUCCCCAAUGUGUGGAGGAGGUUCACUUCAUCUUUCUUCAAAGUCGCCCCUCCAAUGACCAUCAUGUACGUGACGUACACGUGGGGAAACAGCGUCCACAAGCAGAGCAAGAGGAAGAAUCCUGCUGACUACGAGAAUGAUGAAUAAACUCUCCAGCUAUCCCUGUUGUUAACGCUGCUUCUGUUUCACCAAUAAAAAUGGAAAUGUAUUUAUGUGAAAUCAA